CGCUCUCUGCUCAACGCCCCAGCGACCCGACGCCCCAGACGACCCCGCCGGCUCAGCCAGACCAAGCAGCGGGACCCGAAGGUGGCAGUCGGGACAGCGGCCCCGGGUUCAAGCUUCGGACAGCUCCGCACAGACGGGGCGGGCAGCGCGGCUAGGAGCCCGGGAGGCUAUGGGGACCUGGGCGGGGCCAGAGAUCUCGGACCAGCGGGAGCCCCGAGUCUGAGGAGCGGGCGGCGGGGGCCAUGACCUCGGUGUGGAAGCGUCUGCAGCGCGUGGGCAAGCGGGCCGCUAAGUUCCAGUUUGUGGCCUGUUACCAUGAGCUGGUGGUGGAGUGCACCAAGAAAUGGCAACCGGAUAAGUUGGUGGUGGUGUGGACCCGGCGGAACCGACGCAUCUGCUCCAAGGCCCACAGCUGGCAGCCGGGCAUCCAGAACCCAUAUCGGGGCACCGUGGUGUGGAUGGUACCUGAGAAUGUGGACAUCUCUGUGACCCUAUACAGGGACCCCCACAUGGACCAGUAUGAGGCCAAAGAGUGGACGUUUGUUAUUGAGAAUGAGUCCAAGGGGCAGCGGAAGGUGCUGGCCUUAGCCGAGGUGGACCUGGCCCGCCACGCAGGACCCGUGCCUGCCCAGGUUCCGCUGCGGCUGCGGCUGAAGGCCAAGUCAGUGAAGGUGGUGCAUGCAGAGUUGAGCGUCACCCUCUCGAGUGUGCUGCUGCGAGAGGGCCGUGCUACGGAUGAUGACAUGCAGAGUCUUGCGAGCCUUAUGAGCGUGAAGCCUAGUGACGUGGGCAACUUGGACGACUUUGCUGAGAGUGACGAGGAGGAGGCUAAUGGUGCAGGGGCCUCUGAGGCACGAGCUCGUGCCCCCAAGCCAGGCCAGGGCGGUGCCCUGAGGCCAGGGCGUUUCCCAGAUCCCUCUCGAGAGCUGAAGAUACUUUAUGAGGAGAAGGAAGGCCGAGCACCGCCCUGGCAGGCAGCUGCCAGCCCUUCCAGUACUGUGGAGACCAGCCCAGCGCCUGUGAGUGCCCCUGCGCCCCCAGCCAGGGCCUCCCGGGGCCAGGGGUCAGAACCAGCUACUGUGGCCGGGGGCCAGGUGGGGCCUGAAGCCCUAAGGCCCCCGGAAGCCCCAUUGGAGACAAGGUCUUUGAGACAUCCAGGCCAGGUUUUGGCACCCAUCCCGGCCCCUCGGCUCCGGAAAGGCUCUGAUGCCCCCUGGCCCUCAGUCCCCCAAGAGAAGGAUGAGGCCCCCAAAGCUUCGGGGGCUCCCUCAGCAGGAGUGGGUUCUGCUGGGGAGACCCAGGCCCAGGCAAGCCCUCAGACAGAGGCCCAGGGAGCCAGGCCAAGCCCAGGCGUUGAGGACGGAGGCUGCAGAAACUCUGUGGGGAGGCAGAAAGCCGAGGUUGAGGAAGGCACCCUGGGGGACAGGCCAGAGGCCAGUGGGGUGGACACUGAGCAGGGGUUGGAAGUCAGAGAAGUGAACACUAAGAGGUCAAAGGUCAGAAGUGGGGAGGCUGAAGAGAGUUCAGAAGUUAGUCAAGUAGAUGCUGAACAGAGGUCAAAGAUGAGACAUGUGGACACUAAGGGACCAGAGACUACAGUGGUGAUGUCUGAGAAAAGCUUCAAGGGGACUCCUGAGGCUCCUCUGAGGGCCUCUCAGGGGAGGACAGGGGUCAGGACUGGGGAUGAGGCUCCUACUAUCCAGAGCUCACCCCCAGCAAAACUCGCAGGGCAUUCUGGGCAUCUCAGUGACUCCAAGGGGUCCUGGGCUGCUGCAGGCCAGCAGAGAGAGGAUGCAGAGGUGAAGGGCGGGGCCUCUGGUGUUGAGGGGACAGGCGUGGAGCAGGGCCCCUCUGUUGGAGCAGCAAGCACCAGGCCUCAGGUGAGCAAGUACCAGGGAGCUCCACCUGCAGCUGACCAGGGGGCAAUGUCUAGGGAUCUGGGGGUCUGGAAGGCAGAAACUGGUGACUUGAGGGUCCUGGGAACAGAGAUGGGGAUGGUAGAGUCAGAGGUUUUGGAUACCCAGGAGACAGAAGCAGAGGGACCAGGGUUCCCAAAGAUAGACACUGGGACAGCAGAAGCUGGAAUAUUGGGGUCCCAGGAGACAGAAGCAGUGAGAUCUGGAGUUCUGGAGUCAGAAUCCACUGGGAUUGCAGAGUCUGAGGAACUGGAGACCCAGAAAACAGAGGCAAAGACUAGGAUGGCAGAGACUGAGAUAUUGGGGACCCAGGAGAUGACAGGGGGCUCAGUGGUACUGAGGAUAGCAGCUGAGAUAGCAGAACCUUCAAUAUUGGGGGCCCAUGAUACAGAGAUGGGGGGGUCAGGGGUCUCAGCAAUAAAGUCUGAGAUAUCAGGGACCCAAGAAAUAGAGUUAGGGGAUUCUGAGGUUCCAGGGAUGGAGACUAAGACGGUAGAAGCUGAGAUAUUGGGGACCCAGGAGAAAACAGCUGAGUAUUCAAGGGUCCCAGAGACAGAAUCUGAGAUAAUAGGAGCCCAAGAAACAGAGGUAGGGGGUUCAGGGGUCCCAGGGAUAGAGAUUGAGAUAGCAGAAGGUGAGUUACUGGGGACCCAGGAGAUAGCAGCUGGGGGUUCAAGGGUCCCAGGAGUGGAGACCGAGACAGCAGGGGCCCAGGUGGAGGAUUCAGGGGUCUCAGGGCCAGAAAUUGGAAUGGCAGAAGCUGAGGGACUAGGGACUCAACAGACAGAAACUACAGUUUUGGAGGCUGAAAAGGCUAAGAUCUCUGGAGCCCUGGAGGCAGAGACUGGGCUCUUGGGGGGCUUCAUAUAUGAGACUUUAAAAGCCCCAGUUACCAAGCAUGGAGUUUUAGGGUCCCAGGGAGCAGAGGCAGAGACUUCAGUUUUAAGGGUCCAGGAGGUGGAAGCUGAGGUUUUGGGGAUUUCAGAGGUCAAGUCUAGGGGGGCCCAUGAAACAGAGAUGGAAGUUUUAGGUCCUCCAGAAAACCAAUCUGGUAUUUUUGAGGCUCAGGAAGCAGAGACUCGGGUCUUGGGAACUGAGAAGGGGAAAGAAGCUGAGGCCAGCCUGGCUGAGGCACAGGUGGCCAGUGGGGCAGGGGCUGGGGUGCCCAGGCCCUCGGGGGCCCCCUCCCCAGAGGAGCCUGAAGAGGACAGGAGGCUGCCGGGCAGCCAGGCAUUGCCCACCCUGGUCAGCUCCAGCCAGUCCCUACUAGAAUGGUGCCAGGAAGUCACCGCUGGCUACCGUGGCGUCCGAGUGACCAACUUCACUACAUCCUGGCGAAAUGGUUUGGCCUUCUGUGCCAUCCUGCACCGAUUCUACCCAGACAAGAUUGACUAUGCCUCCCUUGACCCACUCAACAUCAAGCAGAACAACAAGCAGGCCUUCGAUGGCUUCGCGGCCCUGGGCGUGUCGCGGCUGCUGGAGCCGGCAGACAUGGUGCUGCUGUCGGUGCCCGACAAGCUCAUAGUCAUGACGUACCUGUGCCAGAUCCGUGCCUUCUGCACGGGGCAGGAGCUGCAGCUGGUGCAGCUGGAGGGGGGCGGCGGCGCAGGCACUUACCGCGUAGCCAGCGCCCAGUCCAGCCCGCCCAACGACCUGGAUGCCAGUGGCCUGGCACAGCGGCUGCGUGAGCACCAGGCCGAGGCGCCCGAGGAACCCAAGGAGGUCGCCAGCCGCGUGGAAGGGGCAGCCCCCGAGGCGGCUUCCGAGGACCACGGGGUGGCCAAGGCCGCCCAGGAGGCACUCUCUGCGGAUGCCCCGGCUGAAGGCCCGGGAAGCCGAGUGCCAGUGCCCCCGACCGAGGGGCUGGUGAAUGGGGCAGGAGCGCCAGGUGCCGGGGGCGGCGUGCGGCUGCGGCGGUCAUCGGUGAACGGAGAAGCGGGGCCGGUGCCCCCACCGCGCGCGCACGGCUCCUUCUCCCACGUGCGCGACGCAGACCUACUAAAGAAGAGGCGCUCUCGGCUGCGAAACAGCAACUCCUUCUCGGUGGACGACCCCGACUCCGGAGCCCCGGGAACCACCGGAGCCCCGGCUGCAGAAGGCCUGAGCCCUGCCUCCAGCCCCCCCACAGCCCCAGCCCCACAGCAGCCCUCUGGUGGGAGUCCCCCAUUGGAGGAGCUACCCCCAAGCCCAGGGGAAGAGGCUGGGCUGCAACGGUUCCAGGACACAAGUCAGUACGUGUGCGCAGAGCUACAGGCCCUGGAACAGGAGCAGAGGCAGAUAGAUGGGCGGGCAGCUGAGGUGGAGACACAACUGAGGAGCCUUAUGGAGUCAGGUGCCAACAGGCUGCAGGAGGAGAUGCUGAUCCAGGAGUGGUUCACACUGGUCAACAAGAAGAAUGCUCUCAUCCGGAGGCAGGACCAGCUUCAGCUGCUCAUCGAGGAGCAGGACUUGGAGCGGAGGUUCGAGCUGCUGAGCCGGGAGCUACGGGCUAUGCUGGCCAUCGAAGACCGGCUGAAAACGGCGGCGCAGCAGCACCGAGAGCAGCUCCUACUGGAGGAGCUGGUGUCGCUGGUGAACCAGCGCGACGAGCUGGUCCGGGACCUGGACCACAAGGAGCGGAUCGCCCUGGAGGAGGACGAGCGCCUGGAGCGCGGCCUGGAGCAGCGGCGCCGCAAGCUGAGCCGGCAGCUGAGCCGGCGCGAACGCUGUGUGCUGAGCUGAGGCCGCGCCGCCGGA